ACAGUCAUGGCGGCCGCCAAGGCUGGGGCUUCAGCUCCUGAGGCGGCGGGUUCCGCCGAAGCUCCGUUGCAGUACAGCCUCCUUCUUCAGCACCUGGUGGGCGACAAGCGUCAGCCACGGCUUCUGGAGCCUGGCAGUCUGGGCGGGAUCCCGAGUCCUGCCAAGAGCGAGGAGCAGAAGAUGAUCGAGAGGGCGAUGGAAAGUUGCGCCUUCAAGGCUGUGCUGGCCUGUGUGGGAGGAUUUGUCUUGGGAGGUGCAUUUGGUGUCUUUACUGCUGGCAUUGAUACCAACGUGGGCUUUGACCCCAAGGACCCUUACCGGACACCAACUGCAAGAGAAGUCCUGAAGGACAUGGGACAGAGAGGAAUGUCCUAUGCCAAAAAUUUUGCCAUUGUGGGUGCCAUGUUUUCCUGUACUGAGUGUCUGGUAGAGUCUUACCGGGGGAAGUCAGACUGGAAGAACAGCGUCAUCAGCGGCUGCAUCACUGGUGGAGCCAUCGGCUUCAGAGCUGGAGUAAAGGCCGGGGCCAUAGGUUGUGGAGGUUUUGCUGCUUUCUCUGCUGCAAUCGAUUAUUACCUACGGUGAAAGAAAUAGCCUGAAAGGAAGAGGACGCCAGCCACCUUCAGGGCUGUCCUUUGGAGCAGUUCCUGCACACUUGCCAUUGCUUCAGGGGUGAAGCUAGUUGUUUCCCUCUACAGUAGGCAGUGGGAGGGACACUCCUCGUUGCUCUCUCUCGCCAGCCAUCGGAGCAACCAUGCUGUCUACUUCUGAAUUCCGACCAGGUUUCUCAGGAGAUGGUAUGCGCGAUUGUCUCCUUGCAGUGAACAGAUCAGGAGGCAGUGUAUGCACUGUUAAAAGAAUUAAGUGUGAACCAGGCUCAGUUCUGACCUUGCUCAACUCUCCAGCUGUGAACAGGGAGGUGUCAGUGUUCGCCCAUAGCCACCUCUUCCUUCAAACUGUGUUGUGCAAGCAUCCAUCUUAAGUUCCAGGACAGGGCAAAGUAAACUCAUGCCACCCAGGCGAUUAUGUAAUUCCAGUAUCUUUGCUGUCCUUGUUAAAAAUAUGUAUAUGGGCUGGUAAGGUGGCUCGACAGUUAAUAACACUGGCUGCUAUUCCAGAGGUCCCAGAUUUGGUUCCCAGCACCUACUUUGUGGCUUCCAACCAUCUGUAACUCUAGUUCCAGGGAUCUAAGGUCCUUUUCUGACCUCUGAGGACACCAGGCACCUGAGUGGUACAGAGACAUACAUACCUGCAGGCAAAAUACCCAUUUUUUUUAAGAGCAUAUGUACUGUUAUAAGGAGCUAGUUUUUCAGAUUUCACACGUCUGUCAAAAGAUGCCAACUGGCCCAAAGACCGGUAAGUCCAGUGGAAAGAUGAGGAAACCUCAAAGGAACUCAGGAGUGCUGCUGUCAGCAUCUGUGGAAACUGUCUUUGUUACCACAGCCGUUCAGCUAGGCCUCUCCCUAGAAAGUCUAGCCAUGUUCCUGGAUGUAUUGCGACUUGCUGGUAACUCCUCUGCCUCCUCAGAGGCAUUGGGUUGGCUGAUGGUCAUUUCUACAGCUUAUGACCCCUUAGUCUCCGGCCCCGGCCCAGUUGAAAGGUCCAUGUGUGUCUUGCUGUAGUCAUCCUGCCGCUGAGUCAUACUGUAGCUACUGGCCCAGAUCAGUGGAGAGGGCCUGUUCGCCACCACCCUUGUUCUCCAUUAAGCUUUUCUUUGGCUUUUGGUGGGGUUUGUUGUUGUUCAACAGUUCAGCCUAAUUAUACCAUGGCAGAAAAUGAGCCUUUUAUGUCUGGGCUGUGCUGCUGGACUGUUUUACUGUAUGUGUGGGUGAAAGUGGAACUAAUGUGCUCAGGCCUUACCUCCUGUCGGCUGUGUAGGAGGCUCAGCCGCGGCCUGUAAGCGGCUGCCUCCAGCCAGCGUUCAGUCUUUUCCCUGCCAUAUAGUAACUCUUCCCCCUUGGCUUUCUUCCUCAUCUCCACUGAACCUAAGCAGAAUUCAAAGACUCACGGUUGGCAUUUGUCAUCUGGGUGUGGAUCUGUAUAAUGAUACCAGAUCCAGAGUAACACCUCUUGCUGUCUCCUUGGAAUGGGUGUGAGUUAGUGCACCGGGCUUGUGUUCUUUGCUGAAUCUUUUUCAUUCAUUUGUCAAGGAAAGAAUCCAAGGCUCUAUGCAUGCUUAGGCAAGUACUCAAUUAGUCAAUCCCCCUGCUUCUGACCUGCAGUGACUUCUGUAUGAUGCCUGCCCUAUUUCAUAAGCACAAGGCUUCAGUACUAAAGACAGCUGGAGCCUACCCCACAGCUCUGGAAACAGGCUUCGGGGUGCUUCUUGUACUGUCUGUAAAUCCGUCACCUAGGAACACUGAUGCAGGGAUGGACUCUACCUGGUACCUGUCAAAGUGCUCAGGUGCCUGGGGUCUUUACCAGCUGCUCUUCCACAUGAGCCCCAGUCCAAGAAAUGCUGCCAUCACAACUACCUUGGCAAAGAGGAGCCUCAGCUGUCAGUAGGCAUCAGUUGAACAAGCCAAGCCUUGUCCACGUGGACCAUUCAAUCAAGAGGAGAUGAAUAGCUUCCUGUUUUAGAUGGCUGGGGGUCAGUGUGAGCUCAUAAACCAAACAGCAAUUGGUAGACACAUCUGGUCCCGAUCUCUAGAAUAAACAGUGUCCAAUGGC